CUCUCAACUAAAUUAUUCUCAAUCGUAUCUCAAUUUUGUUAUUCGGGUUAUUAGGGUUUUUGUUCUUUCCCCACAACUCUCUGUGAAAACCAGGGUUUUUCUCCGAAUGGGAAGAUAUCGUAGCCGUAGCAGAAGCUACAGCCCUCGCCGCCGUAGCAGAACCCCACCUCGCGGUCGCAAGCGUUAUGACGAUGAUCGCUAUCCUGAUUCCAGGUCUCGCAGAGACCGUCGUUCUCCUCUCCCUUCUGGCUUACUCGUCCGUAAUCUCCCUCUUGAUGCUAGACCUGAAGAUCUUAGGGGGCCAUUUGAACGCUAUGGUCCUGUGAAGGAUGUUUACCUUCCUAGAAAUUAUUACACUGGUGAACCUCGUGGCUUUGGAUUCGUGAAAUAUCGAUAUGGUGAAGAUGCAGCAGAGGCAAAGCAACAUCUGAAUCACAGUGUCAUUGGUGGACGUGAAAUAAGAAUUGUGUUUGCUGAGGAAAAUAGGAAAACCCCUCAGGAAAUGCGUGUCACUUCUCAUGGAAGUAGCCGAAAUGGAGGUGGUAGCAGAAGGAGAGCUCGGUCAAGAUCCCCACGACGUCGUUAUCGAUCCUACUCUAGGUCUCCAUCACCUGCCAGGGACAAUUCAAGGGAUGACAGGGGUAGGGGUGGUUAUUCUCCAGAGCGUUCAAGAUCUUAUUCUAGGUCUGUUUCUCCCGGCGGUGGGAAGGAAGACAAGAGGUCCCCUCGUGCCUCUCCUGGUGGUGGGAAGGACGACAGGAGGUCCCCUCGUGCCUCUCCCGGUGGUGGGAAGGACGACAGGAGGUCCUUUCGUGUCUCUCCGGGCGGUGGGAAGGAUGAUAGGAGAUCCCCCCGUUCCUCUCCUGUUGUUGGGAAGGACGACAGGAGAUCCUCUCGCGCCUCUCCGGGUGGUGGGAAGGAUGACAGGAGGUCCCCUCGUGCCAGGGAGAAUGGUCGAAGUCCAGAUGUUAGGAAAGAUCAGUCACCUACCAGAUCUGAGAGCCCUAGGGACAAAGAUCGAAGUCCUUUAAGGUCUCGUUCGCGGUCAUACAGUCCACGCUGAUUUUCCACCAAGCAUGUGAAGUACGGGUGAUACUGGAGAUAAACUUGGAUGUUUUGAAAGACACCGAUGCAUCUGUUAUGUUUAUUUUAGCCUGUUAAAAACAAUUCCAAUGGAUAAUAGUUUUAGACUUGGUGCUGCCAUUUUAGUAGAUACUGGCUUAAGGCCAUUUUGUCUGUUUUUUGAAUACUGGUUUUUUCUUAAUGAAGUUGUAACUUGUUUUUUUA